AUGUCCGCCUCCGCCUCCCCCGACCGCAACAGGCCCCUCGACGACCGCAAGGUCACCGGCUACGACCCCCUCAUCCCCCCCGCCCUCCUCAGACACGACCUGCCAGUCCCUGCCGUCGCCUCCAAGACCAUCUCCGCCUCCCGAAAAGUGACUUCCUCCAUCGUCCAGGGUACCGACCCACUUUCAAGAUUGGUCGUCGUCGUUGGCCCCUGCAGUAUCCACGACAUUGACCAGGCCAAGGAGUACGCUGCCAAGCUGAGGAAGGGUGUGCAGGAGGGCAAGUGGCCGGGUUUGGAGGUCAUCAUGAGAGCAUACUUCGAAAAGCCGAGAACAACUGUCGGCUGGAAGGGUCUCAUCAACGAUCCCGAUAUCGAUGGAUCUUUCAAGAUCAACAAGGGUUUGAGGAUGGCCAGGCAGCUUUUGGGUGACAUUAACGAGAUGGGCAUGCCCGUUGGUUGCGAACUUCUCGACACCAUCUCUCCCCAGUUCAUUGCCGACCUCAUCUCCUGGGGAGCCAUUGGUGCCCGAACCACCGAGUCCCAACUUCAUCGAGAACUCGCCUCUGGUGCUUCUUUCCCCAUUGGUUUCAAGAACGGUACCGACGGCUCUGUCGGCGUCGCUAUUGACGCCAUGCAAUCCGCUUCUCACCCUCACUGCUUCAUGGGCAUCAACUCUCAGGGUAUGGCCAGCAUCGUCAAGACUUCUGGCAACAAGGACUGCCACGUCAUCCUGAGAGGCGGUACCCACGGUCCCAACUUUGCCGCCGAGCACGUUCAAAAAGCCCUGUCGACCAUGCGCACCAAGAACCCCGACGCCUUUGCUUCCAUCAUGGUCGACUGCUCUCACGGCAACUCUUCCAAGAACCACCUCAACCAGCCCAAGGUCGCUGCCGACGUUGCUGCCCAGAUUGCCGCGGGUGAGGUUGGAAUCACCGGUAUCAUGUUUGAGAGCAACUUGAAGGGCGGUAAGCAGAGCAGUGACUUGGGCAGGGAGAACCUCGAGUACGGUGUCUCCAUCACCGAUGCUUGUGUUGACUGGGAGAUGACUGUCGACAUGCUCGACAACCUGAACCAAGCAUCCCUCACCCGACGAGCCCUCCUCGAAUCUCGAGCUGGUGCUAGUGGCGACGCCCCCGCCGUCAAGAGACUGAGGGCCGACGAGUAA